CGUUCUGGCCCGUCCUGGGCUGGAACAGCGUUCUGUUGGGACAGAACAUGACAGUCUUGGGUGCGGCUGGUCAGACUUCCCCAGGCAGGCCCCAUGGCCUGUGGAAAACUCUCAGGCCCAAGGCAGAGGUCUGGAUUAUAACUCUGACUCCACUACCCAUGACCUUGGGCAAGCCUCUUCCCUCACUGGCCUGGUUCACGGAGUUGGAACAGACUCCAAAGUCCCUUCCAGCGCUAACAGUACGUGGUUCUCGGGUCUGAAGCCGGGCGGUUUCUUCUUUCUCACCCUAGCGCUUCUCCACUCAGGGCGGCACACACAUGCCCGCUGGCAGUGAACCUGGCCAGGGGAGCCACCUGUCCCAGACCCUCAACUCCAAAGCACUGAGACACUAGGGGGGAGGGGUAGUGCGGGCUGGAGGAGGAGGAAGGGCAAGGUCAGGUGAACCUGAACCGAGAGCCUCAAUGGGUCUUGCUUCAUUCGGAACAGACAUCCGGUUUCCUCUGGUCUCUGCCAGGAUUCCGGGGGCUUAAAGGAAUGAGUCAUGGGGGGGAUUGGGGAGUUCCCGGCUAACCAGUUCGGGACAGGAACCAGGAUGAUGCCUCUCAACAUGUAGGGUGGGGACAGGGGGCAAGACCCCAAUGUUCCUAUCUCAGGCCCUUGGCCCCUCAAGAGGGCACUCAGAGAGGCAGCCUCUGGGAAUUGGGGGGGAUAGGAAUAGGGCAACUAGUUUCUUCCUUCUCAGAAUUGGGGGCCUGGGGAGCAGGUGGCUUGAGAAUCCCAAGGGAGAGCGGCAAAUGGGGCUGACCCAGGAGAUGUGCCAGGGGAGGGCGGGAGGGAGGGCCCGAAGCCUAGGCCUGCCACUUCCCUGGGGUCGACCAGACUCCAGCCUCCCCGGCUUUUAUCAUUGGCUCAGCUUUCGUUCAGCGGUUCAGUUCAAACACUCUGGGGCAAUUGAGACCUGGGUGGGGCUGAGGGGAGGAAGGGAGUUUGAGGGGGGCAAGACGUCAAAGAAGAAUCAGAGAUUCCACAAUUUCACAAAACUUUCGCAAACACUUUUUUUGUCCCAACCCCCCUGCAUUGUCCUGGACGCCAAAUUUGCAUAAAUCUUGGGAAGUUAUUACUAAGCCUUAGUCGCAGCACCAGGUAAUUUCCUCCCAGGCCUCCAUGGGCUUGUGUAUAAAGGCCCCUGGACCUGGUCCCUGACAGAACCCAGAACCUACUACAGACCCAUCCAGACCCCGGCUGAACCUGCUGCCCAGAGCCCCAUGAAGCUGAUGGCCCUGCAGCUGCUGCUCUGGCACAGUGCACUCUGGACGGUGCAAGAAGCCACACCCCUCGGCCCUGCCAGCUCCCUGCCCCAGAGCUUCCUGCUUAAGUGCUUAGAGCAAGUGAGGAAAAUCCAGGCUGAUGGCGCUGAGCUGCAGGAGAGGCUGUGCACCACCCACAAGCUGUGCCAUCCUGAGGAGCUGGUGCUGCUUGGGCACUCUCUGGGCAUCCCCCAGGCUUCCCUGAGUAGCUGCUCCAGCCAGGCCCUGCAGCUGACAGGCUGCCUGAGCCAACUGCAUGGCGGCCUCUUCCUCUACCAGGGCCUCCUGCAGGCCCUGACGGGGAUCUCCCCAGACUUGGCCCCCACCUUGGACGUACUUCAGCUGGACGUCACCGACUUUGCCACCAACAUCUGGCUGCAGAUGGAAGACCUGGGGGUGGCCCCUGCCGUACAGCCUACCCAGGGCCCCGUGCCGUCCUUCACCUCGGCCUUCCAGCGCCGGGCAGGAGGGGUCCUGGUUGCUUCCAAGCUGCAGAGCUUCCUGGAGCUCGCUUACCGUGUCCUGCGCUACCUGGCCGAGCCCUGAGCAAAGCCCUCCCCCUUCAGUGUAUUUAUCUCUAUUUAAUAUUUAUGCUUAUUUAAACCUAAUAUUUAAAGACGGGGAAGACAGAAAGGAGCCCCAGACUCCUGGAUCCUUCCCUCCACCUCCAAGUUUCAUUCUCCCGCCUGUAGCAGGGAGAAAAACUCCCGUCUUCCUGUCCCCUGGACUGGGAGGGAGUUGGUAAAUACCAAGUAUUACUUCCUGUGACUGCUCCCUGCCUGGCUCCGUGGUGGGCUCUGGGGAGAGCCACAGCGAACCCCUACCCUGAGGGUGCCUACCUCGGGGCCCUUGGAAUCAUCGGGAAGUCUCCCACGUGGGAGAUGAGACAGCCCUGUUUAAUAUUUAAACAGCAGUGUUCCCCAACUGGGUCCUUGCACCCCUGGCUCUGGCCUGACUUGGCUGUUUCCCUCGAGUCCCCUUUGCCUCGGGCACGGAGCCCAUCAGAGGCAGCCGGAGCCGGGACGCUUGACCCUGGGGUCCCGCGAAUUUGCUGGGGAAUCCUUUUAAGAUUUUUUUCGGGCACGUUUUGACUCCUUGUGUGGGGAGCCCAGGCAUCAGCGCCUCUUGUUUUUCUGGAUGCACUAUAGACACCAUCGGGCUAGUGGCGCCUGCCCCACCCCGCCGGGGUCAGGGUCGGGAUUCUGAUUCCUUUUCAGGCUGGGCAGUCGUGUCUCUGCCUUGCUGGGUGGGACUGGGAAUGUGGGAGGGAAAAGAUGAGGGGGCUCAUGUGACGGGGUGUGAGAGGGGCGCUCGACUGUUCACCUUCCCCCUCGGCCCCCACUUUCUCACUGUAGCCAAA